CCUUCGACCAUCUUCCAACCUUUCUCUCAGUCGCAACCUUUGGAAUCAGCCACUCAGCUAUUCUUGGCCUCCAGGACCAGCUAAUGCAAUUUUUUGAGCUUAACUCCUUAUUACCGAUCAACCAUGAGCUCCCAGAUUCGUCAGAAUUAUUCCACAGAGGUGGAGGCCGACGUCCACUGCCUGGUCAACCUGCAUCUGCAGGCCUGCUGCACUUACCCCUCUCUGGGCUUCUAUUUCCACCGCUACCAUGUGGCUCUGGGGGGUGUGGGCCACUUUUUCUGCGAAUCAGCUGAGGAGAAGCAGGAAGGCACCAAGUGUCUCUUGAAAAUGCAAAACCAGCACGGCAGAUGUGCCCUUUUCUGGGACGUGCAGAAGCCACCCCAACAUGAGAGGGGUAAAACCCAGGAUGCUAUGGAAGCCCCCGUUCUCUUGGAGAAGAACCUGAACCAGGGCCUUUGGGAUCCCGAUGCCCUGGGUUCUGCCCACGCAGACUCCCAGCUCUGUGACUUCCGGGAGAGCCGCUUCCUAGAUGAGCAGGUGAAACUCGUCAAGAAGAUGGGUGACCACCUGACCAACCUCCAUAGGCUGGCUGGUCCCCAGGUAGGGCUGGGCAAGUAUUUCUUCCAAAGGCUCACCCUCAAGCACUGCUAG